GAGCGGCCCAUUCGCAGGAGCAAGCUUGAAGUGAACGGUUGGCAAUUCGCGGAGCUGAAAGUCAGGAGCAGGAAAAACGGACUCAGACGGGGCGGAAAAAGUGAAAACGAAAGCGGAAGAGGGCUGACACUUAAAGUCAGGUGUUUGAGUUUAGCUAGAAGCUUUAAGAGGGAGUAAGCAGCUCGACUUUCCUGAAAACGGCCCGAAAUCAGAGCAAGCCCUGACACAGUUGCAGCUGACCCCUGACCCGGAGUCUGAAAAAUCGAUUAUCCGCGUGGUGUGUGUGCACAACAACCCGUGAGUGCGAGUGCAGUUUUCAGCGCCUUCAAGAGAGCAGCCACCCCCGAAGGCACCCACCUGCGAAGGUCAGCAGAAAGCCCCCGUGGACAGCUCCAGCCGCCCCUGAUUGCCAUUCCGGAGCGGACAGUUGCCCAAAGCCACAACAACGGAGCCGCUAACCCACAACCGCCGCCGCCGCGAGGAAGGAACGAGGGUUCGAGGCGGAACGCAAACGCCGCCGAACAAAAGGAAGACCACGCCGCACCGGUAGAAUGGCCUACCUAAUCAACAUCCUCAAGUUCAAUGUGAAGUACUUAAAAAAUCAAUAACUGGACACCAGCUCACCAGCACACCAGCGAUCCAGCCUAACAGCGUAGCAGCACCAGCCAGUUAGCCAUCCCAAAAAGGAGCAGCCGCAUUCCGGAAAAGAGGGGAACCCCCUGUCGCGUCUGGCCAGCUAGCUCUCUCUCUUUCUCUCGCUCGCCCCGUCUCGCUUGCUCCUCUCUUGGUACUCAGCUCUCGGUCUCGGUUUUUGGCUCUGGGUUCUGGUCUUGUCGCCCCCGCUCCGCUGCAGAACUAGGCUUCUGCGCCACCUGGGACACUUGGACAAUGGAAAUGGAGAAGUCUGGGAAAUUUUCAGAUUACCUCUUCGCCAAAAUGGGUCCCCCCACCUCCACCGAGCUGCCCCCGAAGACCACGGAGCGCAGCGACGCCCCCGUCGAGCUGACCGGCUACCGCAGGUGGCUGUCGGACAACCUCAUGCUGCUGGUCACCCUCUCAGGGGUCCUCCUGGGGGUAGUACUAGGACUCUCGUUGCGGCCUCUGAACUUGCACGGGGACUCCAUCAUGCUGAUCUCGUAUCCUGGCGAACUCUUCAUGCGCGUGCUCAAGCUGAUGAUCUUGCCCCUGGUUAUAUCCAGCCUGAUUGCCGGAUCGGCCAGUCUUAAUGCCAAGAUGAACGGAAAGAUAGCGCUGCGCACAUUGGUCUACUUCGCCAGCACCUCGUUCUUCAACGCUGCACUGGGAAUCGCUCUCGUCCUGCUCAUCCAUCCUGGAAAUCCGGAUCUGCACAACACGGAUGAUCGGUCGACGGACAGGCGGGCGGUCAACCUACUGGACAGUCUUUUGGAUUUGGGAAGAAACGUGUUCCCGGACAACCUGUUCCAGGCCUCCAUUCAGCAGGCGCACACCGUCUACCUGCCCAAGCCGAGCAUCCUGCACGCCUUCAACGAGACGAUGAACGACACCCUGGUGACGGGCGUGGAGGCCCAGCGGCUGCCGGAGGACAUGGCGGAGGAGGUGGUGCUGGUGCGGGACAUCCAGUACCGCAGCGGAACCAACACCCUGGGCAUCGUGUUCUUCUGCCUGGUGUUCGGCACUUUCCUGGGAACCAUCGGCCAGAAGGGCCAGGUGGUGGUCGACUUCUUUGCCGCCGUUUUCGAGGUGAUCAUGAAGAUGGUCACCUGCGUGAUGUGGCUGACGCCCGUGGGCAUCAGCUCUGUGAUCGCCGGGAAGAUCCUGAGCGUGGGCGACCUGGGCCUGGUGAUGUCCCAGCUCAUGUGGUUCAUCGUCACGGUGGCCGUCGGCGUCUUCAUCUACCAGUUCGUGGUGAUGCAGGCCAUCUAUUUCGUCGUCGUGCGCCGCAAUCCGUUCAAGUUCUACGCCGGACUCAUCCAGGCCAUGCUAACCGCCUUCGCCACGGCCUCAACCGCCGCCGCCCUGCCCAUUACAUUCCGCUGCAUGAACGAGAAGCUCAAGGUGGAUCCGCGGAUCACGCGAUUCGUCCUGCCAAUCGGAUGCAACAUCAACAUGGACGGGACGGCUCUCUACAUCGCGGUGGCCUCGAUCUUCAUUGCCCAGAUGAGCGGCAUGGUGCUGGGAUUCGGGGAGCUGCUCACGGUGCUCCUGACCUCCACGGCUGCCUCGAUGAGCUCGGCCAGUGUGCCGAGUGCUGCGCUGGUGCUCCUCCUCGUCGUGCUCACGGCCAUCGAUGCUCCUGUCCAGGAUGUGACGCUGCUCUUCGCCGUGGACUGGUUUGUGGAUCGGAUUCGGACUACGAACAACAUGCUGGGCGACUGCUAUACUGCCGCCGUAGUGGAGGAACUAUCUCGCAAGGAGCUGAUGGCCUUGGAUGCAGCUUCCGUGAACUACCAGGACAUGCCCGCUGGCACCCCCAAUGGACAUGGUCACCACGAGGGGGGUCUCCUCGAGGGGCAGACGGAGCUGGAGGAAAGCAGCAAGUGCGUCAUGACGAUGACCGACUCGGUGGUGGUGGACAUGAGUGCGGUGAUGAACAACGUGAACCUGCAGCAGGAGCACUGCAACCGCAGGGUCUAGGUGGAGUCCUAGACCACAGAUCCGAUUUUAGUUCGUCAGCAUCAGCUCGUCAGCCCCGGAACCACCACCACCACAGUAACAACUACAAUAACACCUAUGAUAUUCACCACCAAUAGGCCACAGUGUUCCCCCGAGAAAACGAUUUUGAUAUAGCAUCUUUAAACAACAAGCGAUCGGAUAUAUAUCGAGAGACUGUCUGACGAACCCACCCGUAUUGAAUUUACUCCUCUUUUGGACCAGUGUCGAUAGCAAUUAAUUAGCCUGAACACUUAAAGGACUCCGCAUACGUAUAUAUCGAAUAUUCACCUAGUAGGAAGACCGCAUAAGGAACUAUAUUAUGCCACAUGUAGCACACACAUUCUACCUUGAGCCCCGAAGGAACGAAGAGACGCCGAGCGAGGGAUUCCUGUGAUCUGUCCUGGGAACUAUGUGCAUAAUCUAUGGGUAUUAUUUUGUAAGCUCGAUUGUGAUGGGGUCACCACACCGAUUUGUUUGUAACGUUGCUUAUUUCUAUGUCUUAUAUGUGUUGUUUGGGUGUCUUAAGGGAGCGGUCAAUGUUUAUGUUGAUUGGAGACGAAUGCAAAAACGCAGGUUGUACAAGGAGCUGGCCUAGGUUUAGUUAUAGAUUUAGUUGAUCUGUUAAUUUCCCGGAACUCGCCUUGGUUACACGCCCCAGACUAACGAUCAACGACCAAUGGUCACCAAUUAUCAAUUACCCAUUAGCUACCAACUACCAAUUACCGAUACCAAAUAUCACACAUGCAUUCGUAGACUGAUAGCAGACUUAGUAGUGAUAACAAAUAUGUAUCUGCAUAUAUGCAAUACUUACUAACCAAUAUCCGACAUUCGAUUUGUACGCAAACGCAUACGCUGAAUACAAUAAAGUUAUUAUACCACCUA